AUGAACUACAUCGUUCGUUCCGUCAAUCAGGGUGCUGCCAGCACUGGGGAAAAGCGGCGCUCUCCUAGUCCUGUUAUUGCCCUGGCGCGACGAUCAUGUGACGUCGCGUUGCCCACCGUCGAGUCACGUGCUUCAAGCCAACUCAACCUCAGCACGCACCGCGCGCCUUCCGCAACUCGAAGUCCAACGUCUACAAACACUGACGUGGAGCACGUCGAGAUCAAGAACGAGGCAUCAGUGCUCGAAAAUGCGGUCAUCUCUGACAGACCUCCAGAGAAGAUCUUUUUCUUUAAGAGGAUGGUCGCGGGCUGCCCCCAUUUUGACGCUCUCAUCGAAGUCGGCCAAGGGCAGAUGCGGCUGAGCGCUGAGCAGGCUAGGAUCGAGUACGCGAUCUGGGAGGUUACCGAAGACCUGUUCAUAUACCGACAAGCUGGACCAGAUUUCCGGAUCCUCCAGUCCAUAGGCAGCAUCGAGUAUCAUGGUGCCAACCACGAGAAGGACGUGAAGUACGCAUUCACCAUCAAAACUUGUGGCUUCAUCGGCCAGCGGGAUGCGAAUAACCAGCUCAACGUCGUGAAGCUCACAGUGAGCGGAAAGUCAUUCCUCCCUCAUCGAGAGAUAGACAAGAAGAACUUUCUCCACCACGCCAAGUGGCAUAAACGCGUCAAGAACAUGGCUCGUCACCUGGGAUUGAAUCUGCGAACCUUCUACGACGGGGGAGGAAAGCCAAUGACGGCGAAGAAUUGCGGCGAUUGGCGGGCGGGGCACAUCGAGAAGAAGUUGGCCACACAUAUAGCCUAUGCGAUGUUGAAGUACUACGACAUCAAGAUCGAUAAGAAGCACGACGCCUCGCUCAGAGAUCUCGAUCGCCUUCGUCAACAUCUCAAACCCCAAGGCGCAGCGCCUCACUUUGAGAUCCAUCUCAGUCGAGGGCCCUGUGGAACUCUCAAGCGUCCUGGUCAAUGUCUCCCAUUCGAGGAGAAUGUUAUUCUCGAUGGAUCCGUGCCACCCAAGCCCGAAGCAAGAAAGGUGAACAACGAGCUCUGCGCACUCAAUCACAGGGAGAAUCUUCCCAGCUCCGGUAUUGACGACGUCGACUACGAUAGUGAGGAGGAGGAUCUCCUGCUCCACCUUGCUGAUGCCGAGAGCCAGAAAGACGACAUUGUUUUUGACGGGUUUGAUGACGCAGACGACGAGCGCACUCAUCAUGAUCGAGCCAACAUUGAUGAUGACACAGCCGACGCGGGAUCCUCUCCCCUGCCUCAGUUACAGGUACCUGCAGAAGUAGUGGCCAAUUUUGGCGAGAACCUCCGCACCAAAUACAUUCGGAAAGAAAAGCGCCCUGUAGAGCCAGCCAUCGAUUUGACCACCGAGACAACCGUAGAGGCUGCUGAGGACACUGUCAGCGUCGAAGAAAUCGAGCGAGACCUGUCACACAUCGAUAUCCACCGCGCUCCAUCCCAAAGCCAAUACUGGGAAGCACCUGCUGCCGCGGCCACCCAUGCGGUACCAUCAGUACGUAGAGGGGCAGCCACCGCCACAGCAGGCGCAAGAAAAAGGCGCGCUAAGAAGUUAGAGAAGAGAAGAAAUGCGCUCGGAAAAGUCAACGCAGGUAAAACUCGGACUCAGAACGCCGUUCUAUUGGGGUGCUGGCUGACAGCAUGUUGGAUUAGGGGGUUCUGUGUAUGCGGCUCGCCUGGGGGCGAUGCUCGGCUUCAGUCAACGGAUUGGUUGAUGCAGUUGAUAGCAGAUUGA